AUGCUCAUCUUCUUCAUGGUGCCCAUUCUUGAUUACUCGGAAUGCAUCAAAUACCAUAAUGACCUCACUGACGAGGAGAAAGCUUUGUGCAUGCUGUCUGUACGACUGCCUACACUGGCUGAGAUGGCUCUCGACAAAAUGCUCGGUAUCAUUGAAUCAUUGGCUGUGGCCGCACCUAAAGAUUCCGCAUCUGUCAUUGGAAAUUUCAAGGUGGGCAAGAAAUUCUUCAGCAAAAGACAAAGGAUUUUUGACUACAAGGAGAUUUGA